ACUUGAGGCCAACUUCACACAACUUGGUCAUAUGAUUUGUGCUGUCGGAAAAGGGCGAGUCUGAAUUGGUCUGAAUUGUUUGUCUGCCACUGACUCCAUAUAAAAUUUACAACACAACAGUGAAUUAUAUUUAUUAAAAUAAAUAUUUAAUAAUUCAUAAAACUAAAAAAAAUGAAGGGUUGUAUUUUUAAUAUUGAUGGGGGCUACCUUGAAGGUUUAUGCCGUGGUUUUAAAUGUGGAAUUUUACAGCAAAGUGAUUAUCUUAAUUUAGUACAGUGUGAGACACUCGAAGAUCUGAAACUUCAUCUUGCUGGUACUGAUUAUGGUAGUUUUUUGGCAAACGAACCAUCACCACUUGCAGUAAGUGUGAUUGAUGAUAAAUUACGUGAAAAACUUGUUAUUGAAUUUCAACAUAUGCGUAAUCAUUCAGUUGAGCCAUUAUCACAAUUUUUGGAUUUUAUAACAUACAGUUAUAUGAUUGAUAAUAUUAUAUUAUUGAUAACUGGUACAUUACAUCAACGACCAAUAUCUGAGCUUAUUCCAAAGUGUCAUCCUUUGGGUAGUUUUGAACAAAUGGAAGCUAUUCAUGUUGCAGCAACACCAGCUGAAUUGUACAAUGCUGUACUUGUUGAUACUCCACUUGCUCCAUUCUUUGUUGAUUGCAUCUCUGAGCAAGAUUUGGAUGAGAUGAAUAUUGAGAUUAUUCGUAAUACUCUUUACAAAGCAUACUUGGAAGCAUUCUAUACUUUUUGCAAGAAUAUUGGUGGUACAACUGCUGACACAAUGUGUGAAAUUCUUGCUUUUGAAGCUGAUAGACGAGCAAUCAUCAUCACAAUAAAUUCAUUUGGUACUGAGCUUGGUAAAGAUGAUCGUGCUAAAUUAUAUCCACGUUGUGGACGUCUUAAUCCUGAUGGUUUAGCUUCAUUAGCACGUGCUGAUGAUUAUGAUCAAGUCAAAAAUACUGCUGAAUAUUAUGCUGAAUACAGUGCUUUGUUUGAAGGUGCAGGAAAUAAUCCUGGUGAUAAAACUCUUGAGGAUAAAUUCUUUGAACAUGAGGUUCGUUUGAAUGUCAAUGCUUUUCUUCAACAAUUCCAUUUUGGAGUAUUCUACAGUUAUUUAAAACUAAAAGAACAGGAAUGCCGUAAUAUUGUCUGGAUAGCUGAAUGCGUUGCCCAAAAACAUCGUGCUAAAAUUGACAACUACAUUCCAAUAUUUUAAAAUAAUAAAAUAAUAUGAAAAUUGUUAAGAGUUGUUACAGUUAUGCAUGAAUAUUUUAACUUUAACAAUAUAUAUAUUUUUUUUUUCCUCCCAUUCGAUUAUUGUGUAUAAAAACAAAAAAAAACAAAUUUAAUUGUGACCAAUAAAUGUUGUUUGAUGUCAUGUUGAAUUUGCAUUAGGCAAGUAUAUAAUUAUGAGCUAAAAAAAAAAAAAAAAACAAAAAAUAUCAACAGAAAUCAUUUUAAAAGUAUUAUUGUUAAUGUUUAUUAUUUGUUUUUUUUUUUUCGUUGAAUAAUGUAAGAGUAAACAGUAUACAGCAUUCCAUUCGAAAUAAUCAUACAACCGCUGUCGAAAUUUGUAAAACAAAAAAGAAAAAAACAAAACGAAUUAUAAAAUAUAUUAGCGUGAAAUAAAAAAAAAAGAAACAUUAAAAAAUUAUUGUAUAUUUUUUUUAUUCUGAAUUAGAAAAAUUUUUUAUUUAUUUAGAAAAAUUUAAAAAUGAAAUUAUGCUUCAU